GCGCGGGUGGUCAGGUGCCUUCUCCUCACCUGAGGGCUGAAACAGCUUGAGAUUACAAGGUGGCCCCCUCCCCCCGGGUUACGGAGAGCCUCUGAAAACGGUCACACAAGUGUUGGGGGGAGGGCGAGGAACCUCCGGAAGCAACUUCCCCAAGGGUGUUGUGUGUUUGGGCCGCCCCUGAGAGUUGGGCAGGUCCUGAGGUGGCAGCCUGGCUGCUGAAGGCCUGCGGGCCCCCAUAAAAAGUCGCGUAAGGUUUUCCGAGGGAGAGGCCACUUAAGGACUUAAGGUCUGAAUGUCCUGGGGAGAAAGGCCCUUUUCUCUCUCCUCCUGUUUCUCCCUUCAGUCUCUGAAAGUCUCCUCACAGCAGGGGCCAAAGGCUGUGAGGGAAGAUACCUCUGUGCUGUAACUGAGCACCUGAUGUUGAUAAUCGUUGGAAAGGUUUAGUAAUCCAAUCUGGCAAAUUCCCUCAUUCAUUCAUCUGGUGUCCCUGGUGGAGGGUUAGUUUUCCGGGGAAAUUGUUGAUACAUCUGACUUCAGAACCCAUUGAAACAUUGUUACCCUCUUUCUAGACCUAGAAAUUGACUUUGGAAAGUGCAACUUGUACGCAGUCCCAUUUGGGUGUGUUGCUUUGGACUCUAUCUCCCCUCCCAGCCAGGUCCUCUUUUGGCCUCUCCCUUCCUCAGUUCCAGAACAGGAGAUGCCUUAUCUUUAAUCACUAACAAAUGUUCACUUUUUCUCUAUGAGUAAUAGAAUUGUUUAAGGGCACUUAGAAACAAAGUUAACAGCUUAGGCUGUUCCUUAAAACAGCUUUCCUAGGACACUUUAAACCUGCUUCCAAGAAAGUCUGAGGAAUGUGUUUAUUUCAGCAUUUUGAGAAUUAUGCUGGGGAAGUUUGAAAGGGGAAGGACCUUAUGGGUGAAAUCUAAUAGUUAUUCAAGUAUUGCAUCUCUUGUCCAGUCCAUAUUCCUGCAGUGUGACCUUUGCCUAGCCUCCUGGGCGACCAGUUUAGGCCUCCAUUCACAAAAUGUAUCUAAUUGACUGCAGAAGCCCUGAGACUAGAAAAAGUUUGCUUAUGAUAAUGAAAACGGAAGAGUUGGAUGAGCACACUGUUAAUUGUUGAUUUUUGUGGAAAUGAGGGGAAAGAGAAGCAUGCUCCAUUUAAGAGCCUAAGAAGCUUGGGAGUAAAAAGACGUAGUCUGGGAAGCAUUGGGAUUAAAGAGGCACUCCAAGCUUAGCUCCUGCUUCCAAGUAAAGCGUUGUAAACUUGGAUUUCAAUAGUACUUAGAAACACUUUACAAAAGCCACCUUAAUGUCGCAGAGUAUACUUGUGAAGCUUCUUACUAUUCUUGUUACAGAGCUGUUCAGAAACUUGCCAGAUAGGAGUCAAGUCAGUGUCGGAAUCAACAUGAAAAUCCAACAAGUGGAAGUUCAGAUGACUAGGCAUCGGGUCUCUGUCUUGCUCUUGAACAUUGCAGGCCUCAGGCAAAACCCAGAGACCACGUUUGAAGUGUAUGUUGAGGUGGCCUAUCCUAGGACAAGUGGCACUCUUUCAGAUCCUGAGGUGCAGAGGCAAUUCCCGGAGGACUACAGUGACCAGGAAGUUCUACAGACUUUGACCAAGUUUUGUUUCCCCUUCUAUGUGGACAGCCUCACAGUUGGCCAAGUUGGCCAGAACUUCACGUUCGUGCUCACUGACAUUGACAGCAAACAGAGAUUUGGGUUCUGUCGCUUAUCUUCAGGAGCGAAGAGCUGCUUCUGUAUCUUAAGCUAUCUCCCCUGGUUCGAAGUAUUUUAUAAGCUGCUUAACAUCUUGGCAGACUACACAACGAAAGGACAGGAGAGUCAGUGGAAUGAGCUUCUUGAAACUCUGCACAAACUUCCUAUCCCUGACCCAGGAGUGUCUGUUCAUCUCAGCGUGCAUUCUUAUUUUACUGUGCCUGAUACCAGAGAACUUCCCAGCAUCCCUGAGAAUAGAAAUCUGACAGAAUAUUUUGUGGCUGUGGAUGUAAACAACAUGCUACAUCUGUACGCCAGUAUGCUCUACGAACGCCGGAUACUCAUCAUUUGCAGCAAACUCAGCACUUUGACUGCCUGCAUCCACGGGUCUGCUGCGAUGCUCUACCCCAUGUUCUGGCAGCACGUGUAUAUCCCUGUCCUGCCUCCGCAUUUGCUGGACUACUGCUGUGCUCCCAUGCCCUACCUCAUAGGAAUCCAUUUAAGUUUAAUGGAGAAAGUCAGAAACAUGGCCCUGGAUGAUGUCGUGAUCCUGAAUGUGGACACCAACACCCUGGAAACCCCCUUUGAUGACCUCCAGAGCCUCCCAAAUGAUGUGAUCUCUUCACUGAAGAGCCGGCUGAAGAAGGUCUCCACAACAACGGGUGAUGGUGUGGCCAGAGCUUUCCUCAAGGCCCAGGCCGCCUUCUUCGGCAGCUACCGAAAUGCUUUGAAAAUUGAGCCGGAGGAGCCAAUCACCUUCUGUGAGGAAGCCUUCGUGUCCCACUAUCGCUCAGGAGCCAUGAGGCAGUUCCUGCAGAACGCCACACAGCUGCAGCUCUUCAAACAGUUUAUCGAUGGUAGAUUAGACCUUCUCAAUUCUGGCGAGGGCUUCAGUGACGUUUUUGAAGAAGAGAUCAACAUGGGCGAGUAUGCCGGAAGCGACAAGCUGUACCACCAGUGGCUCUCCACAGUCCGGAAAGGAAGUGGAGCAAUUCUGAAUACUGUAAAAACGAAAGCAAACCCAGCCAUGAAGACUGUCUACAAAUUCGCAAAAGAUCAUGCAAAAAUGGGAAUAAAAGAGGUGAAAAACCGCUUGAAGCAAAAGGACAUCACCGAGAAUGGCUGUGCCCCCACGACAGAAGAGCAGCUGCCAAAGACUGCGCCAUCCCCUCUGGUGGAGGCCAAGGACCCCAAGUUCCGAGAAGACCGGAGGCCAAUCACAGUUCACUUUGGCCAGGUGCGCCCUCCUCGGCCGCAUGUCGUAAAGAGACCGAAGAGCAACAUCACGGUGGAAGGCCGGAGGACGUCUGUCUCGAGCCCCGAACACCUCCCAGGACGCCCGCUGACAGUGUGGUACCACUGAGACUGUUGCGUCAUUGCAGAACCAGCCUGGGCAGUUCUCAAGCCUGUGUGUGUCUGUGUGUCUCUGUGUCCUGAGAGAUGCUUGGUGAUGCAGAAUUUGGAGAGAGGGCUGCCGAACUCGGGUGUCGGUUUAACUUUUGCUCUGCACAAUAGGACCGGGGGACUGGUGUACCUCUUUCCCUGGCAUGGAUUAUGAUUGCCCCCUUGUGGAGAAAAUGCCACAUGGCUUCAGAGGGCCUCAGAUCCCAAAGAUUGCUCCUUAGGGGGAUGAAAUCAGUCACUCUUCUUUACAGCCACCUCUUUAAAACUGGGCGACGUGUUUUAGACACCGUGCUGGGACACAGGGUCAUGGGCCUGUAGAUAUUGAAAUGCAAAUCCAGGUCAUCUUUGCAUCGCCCCCCAGACACCCCGGACCAACAACACUUCCCCGCCUCCAGAAGCGCGUCACCCGUGUGGUGGCCGGGGUCCCGAUUAGAGAGCUUGGGCUUCCUCACCACCUUUAUUUACACUGUUGCUUUUCUAGCCCAGUGCUAGCAGGUCACAUCAUCGGUGUAUGCAACGAGGCUGUGUCUGGCAACCCCAUCAUUCUGGUGAUUACCAGAACCGUCAGUGCCACUUUUUGUGGAGUUGUUGUUGUUGUUGUCAUUUUUGCAGUACGCCUUGUUUUAGAUUUCUUUUCGGGAAACAGUUGGGGUUAAAAUGAACCGGUGGGGCCGGGGGUGGGGGGGGCGCUAGUCUAGUGGGCUGGCAAACCGGCAGCGCUAGAAAACAAAUGACGGGUUCUCUGCGAUCACAUGUAACAGUGACCCAGGUCCCCCAGGAGACAGGGCCGUAUAUUUUAGGGCAUCAUUCUGAGAGUUCUGUUCACAUUUUUUAAUGUGGGGGGCAGGGCCGUUCUCCUGUAACACCCGUGACAUUUCUGGUGCAACCCGGGUGUUUUCCAGCAUCUCUUCCCAGGCUGCCUUCUCUCCGCACACACCCCCCACCCCCCGUUGUGCUCCUCCACUUCCAAAUGCCAUGUCACAACAGCACUUGAAUGUGUUUUUCUCAACUGUCAUCAGCUCCAGCUGGCAAGACCAACUUCUUGAAACACAGGAAGCAUCCAGCGGAAAAUAUUUUAAUAAAACAGACUCCUCAUAAAAUAUUGUUUUGGGGAGGGGGGAGAAACCAGCCCCACCAAUCUGUCAGCACUGCGUUGGGAGACACGAGAAGACAAGCCAGCGGACGGAGCCUCAUCCUAAUGGGCCUCCGUUGCCCAUGGUUUGGGGUGGGCACACGGACUCGGGGCCCGGCCCUUUAAUCUGGACUGGACUUUCUUGAAUCAUGGAUCUUUGUCUCCACUGGGAAUGUCAAAGUGCAUCAGAAACUGAGAGGGUUGGGGCAGCAGAAAGAGACGGAGGAUCUUUGAAGUUGAGGAAAAGAUUCGGUCUUCUUCCUGACUUCUUGCCCCAACCCUCACUUCCGAAAAGCACAUUAAAUAAUUAACUUUGUAGACAGCAAGAUGGAGCUGAUUAAGACUGAGAUGGUCCCACAGCCUCCGGCUCCAGCUCAGCAUCUCAGCGCCUGGGAUUCGCCCAGACCUGGUAGCACCACCGGCAGCUCUCUGGCCAGUCCAUCCGUCGAAGUCUGCUUCUUCCUUCAGAGUCCAUGUCCAUCUGUCCCUUCUCACAUCCUUUCAUUCAGCACACGCCUUCAAAAAACCUCCUAGGUAUGAGCGUCAUAGGAUUUCUAAAAGAGGCCCUAAGGAGAAUCCCAGUGCUGAGUUUUGUUUGCUUGCAUCUUCCCAAAAUAAAAUUUUUCCUGUCAAAUUUUCUUUCCAAUCAAAGGUGGGUGUCUAGCCCCAUAAACCAUUUGAUGGCAAUUGGAAAAGAAGAUUUCCAUGGAGAACAUUCCCUCUGUUUUUCAAUUAACAUUAGCUAAUUACUAUUCAGUGACCGUUUCUCCUCGAGAAGUAUCAGCUACCGUCGUUAUUAUUCAAAACGGGGCUGAUGGUGUGCCCCGAGGAUCCCCUAGGAUAAGAGGGUUAGGAGAGGUCAGACAGCAUGGGCUGGGGGUCAGAGGCCAGGUCAAUCACGGCAAGGACAGUGGAGCAUUUCUGGUGCGCCAGACCCCCUUAGGCUGGAAUCCAUUUCCCCUUCCUCAGAGUGGGAACUCAGGCUCGGAAAAUGUAUUAACCAGUGUCCCAGGGUCAUCCAGUCAGAGAGUGGCAGGGCCAGGACUUCAAAUGCUGCUCAGUUUCAUUCUCUCAAUGACACUCUGCUGUCCACGGGGGUCCGUUGUCAGCCUGGCUCUGCCCAGGGAGACGGCUCCAUGGCCCAAGGUGACUGGCUCCGCAUGUCACCUUCCUCUCGGGCUCCCUCUAGUUGGGAACCGGAACUGUUCAGUCCCCUUCCGGCCGGGGAAGCAGUGUUCACUGGGGCCAGAGGGUUUCUAUCUGAGAAGGAAAGAGAAGUAACAUUUAUUGAACAUCUUUGGAGGUUGUAAAGGGUAGGUGGUGGCUUUCUCAUUUAACAGAUGGGAAACUGAGGCCCAGAGAGACUUUCCAUAAGUUGCCCAAGGUCUCAGGGCUGGCAAAUGGAGAGGUCUUCCGUCUGGUGUCACAGGCCUCGCCCUUUCUUCUGCACCGUCCAGGUUUUUUUGUUAAGAAGCAGAUUAUGACAGUAAGCCGCUCUGAGUGGUGAGGAAGAGGGCGACCGCAGUGGGCAGUGAGGUCACAGGUCCCCACCUAUUCAAGGUGGGCUUUGGGUGUUUCACUAGGUGUGGGCCCCAGCUUAAUUUCCCUUCAGACGGCCAGAUAGAGGGCACCUUCCCAUGUGACGCAGGCUUAGAAAGAACCGAUAACAAGCUCCAAAAGGCAGCACUGUGCUCAGCAUGCCUCCCCCUCAGGACCUCACCCAGUGAGCAGACAGGGGCCAAAGGCAGAGGUUGAUCUACCGGUCCCCAAAUGCUUCUCUCUCUCUUUCGUCCACUGCCAUGAGGGCUGCGAGUUCGGCGGGAAGUAGUUACAAACAGCCCCCACCUUGUAAAACCUUCGCACGAACCAGAAGGGUAGGGCUGUCUUCUGAGUGGUAAUGAGGAAAGGUUUGCACUCAGUGUGGAUCUGAGACGUGCUGAGCCCAAGCUCUUUCCAUCACACCUUGUCCUCAAAAGGUGACACACAGAAUACCCUCCAGUCACCUGAGUCUUGACGGGCUGCAGGCUGGUUAUCAAGAGUUUCAUUGUGCUCAAUAAGAAUGUUCCAGAUUCAGCCACCAGGGGCCCCUAAACCAUUGCCCUGUCACUUCUCUCGCCAGAUCCAUGCAAAAAUCUACUCUUUUCCAGUAAUUUUGUUUGUUUGUACAAAUUACCCAACAGUCUGACAGACAAUCUAGAAGUUAGGGGAAAGAGACAGUUUAUUCUGAUUCCCAUUACGUUAGUUCAACUACUUAUUAGCAUUUCUGCAGAUUCCUGUCUGGCCUUUUUUCUAGAUAUAUUUUUCAGAGCCUCCAGUGUCUUUGCAAUAUCCUAUAGCACAGACUUGUUCCUUGUCCUUGAAAGUCCUGUUGGUGACCGCAGGAGAUCCCAGUGUGUGUGUGUGUGUGUGUGUGUGUGCGUGCGUGCGUGCGUGUGCACACGCACACGUGCCUACCAUGCCCCUCAUAUGGGUAGAUUGUAGAUUGUUGCAGGUUCUUACAAAUAUGAAAAAUGCCCGAGUAACUCUCCUUGUUUAAGUUGUUUCUUGUUUUAUGUCAUUAUAAAAACUAUCAUGAACGAGCACUGCAUCCUAAGCACCUUACAGUCAUUAUUUCAUUGACUCCUUGUGAGAAAUCCGGGGACAGGGGUAGGUACCAUUAGCUCUAUUUUGUAGAGGAAGUAGCUGCGACUCGGGGAGGUGGUCUCUGCCCUCGAUCCUACAGCUAGCUGAUGGCAGAGCUGAGCUUCAAGCAUGUCUCUGACGCCAAAGCCCAACCCUUAACGAGUCUCAUAGGCAGACCUCUGCUCUGUGUUGCUAAAUAACUUUCUGAAAGAAUUAUACCACUUUACACUCCCAUCAUUGCCGUGGACCCCCGGGAAUCUGAGAGACCCCGAAGAACAUGUGGCUGGUGUUAGAAAGCCUCUGGCCGCGGAGAGCCUCUGCAGGCUGUACUGGCUGGGCAGACAGUGUGUACACUGGGCGGCCAGCCCACGCUGCUCAGGGACUUGGAGAGUCCGCUCGUCUGAGUUGCAUUGUGUGACCCCAGCACCCAAAGCCCCAGAAGAUUAAAAUAAGAUCAGAAGAAACUGCCAGAAGCAUUUAGUGAGAGCGCUGCCCAAAGAUCAGUCUCAGAACACUUUACGACUGUAUCUCUUCAGGCCCGUUGCACACGUGCUCUGGCGGGUGAUGUGCGGCCUGCUGCCCUCUGUCCCCACCCCUCCUCUGUCUCCUGAGACCUGGGCUCAGCCCCGCCCUAGCUGAGGGUCACAACCAGAGCCCCUGUCCCUCCUACACAGCCCAGGGCUGCCCUGAGGGUGACUGCCAAUCUGAGACCUUGAGCAAGUCUCUGCCCUUUUUUUUUUUUUUUUUUUUUUUUUUUAAUGCAGUGCCUGGUAACAUCCCAAAGAACACGAUUUGGGAAACUGCCCACAGGAUUCCUGUCAGCAGUGACUGCUGCAGCCUCACCAUCUGACAGUCCCCCUCCCCCAUGAACGGCACCCUCCCUCUCCCCCAAGCCCACAAUGCCCAUCCACACACAGCUCACACACCUGGUCAUCUGGGAACAGGGCAGGGCCGUGUGACUCCAGUUUUGACUCUUCAACUCCCAGACCAGAGCCUCGCCAUGUCUGCUCAGGGAUAUUUACUGAAUGUGUGAGCAAAAGAGUCACUGAGGGCAGGUUGAAGCUUAGAGCCCAGCACCCUAGAGAUGAGGGAGUGUGUCAGUUAACAAUGACAGACGUGUAAAGAGGAGUUCCCAUUGUGGCUCAGCGGUAAUGAGUUAGACUAGUAUCCAUGAGGAUGCAGGUUCAACCCCUGGCCCCACUCAGUGGGUUAAGGAUCAGGCGUUGCCUUGAGCUGUAGCGUAGGUUGCAGAUGCGGCUUGGAUCCCACGUUGCCGUGGCCAUGACAUAGGCUGGCAACUGCAGCUCCGAUUCGACUCCUAGCCUGGGAACUUCCAUAUGCCUCAGGUGUGGCCCUAAAAAGAGAAGAAAAAAACAAAAACCCAAAACAUGUAAAAGCACCUGCUAUGUGCCACAUGUGAUUACCAUCUGCCCGGCCUGCCUUUCUAAGAACCAAAACUGUGAUCCUCCCUGGGAGCAAGUCUCCAAGAGGCCAGCUGGGCCCUGGGCUGUGGGCCCCAGGGGACAGGGGCAGCGGAAUGGGCACUACCUGCUGGCAAGCUGCCAGGACACCAGGCAGAAGGAUGCAGACCCAUCAAGCAAGGUGAGAGGUUCCUGCCCUGAUUUGGGCCCCUACCCCCUCCAACGGUGGGCUCUGGGUCUGGAGACAAAGCCAAGCCAGAAGCCAGGCAUGGAGCCUGAGCCCAGACUGGAAGAGCAGGAGCUGCCACAGAGGUGCAGCAGCCCCAGAGAACAUGGCAGCCCUGGUUUCCAGCCACUUCCGCUGCAACUCGGAAGGAGGGACUUUCCCAGGAGCUGUCGCCAUAAGGGGACUUAGUUCCAGCUACAGAGCCAAGCCUCUAGGAUGCCCUUGGAAAAUGUGCCCCAUCCUCAAGAUGUUAAUAAGCUCCGUCUCCUCUGAAAGGCUUCGCCAUCCCAACCAGCACCUUCCCCAUCCCAGACUCCACAUCAUCAUUUUCCAGGUGCCAGUUUCUGGCCCAGUACUUUGACAUUUGUCACCUUGAUUAACCUCCCCUGCUCCCCAAAAGUCUUCACAAUGAAAGCAUUGUUAGCGCAUUCAGCCACGGGGCGCCAAAGCUCUAACAAGUGGAAUAACCUGCCCUGAGUCUCGCACAUACACCCGGGUCUGCUGGGCUCCACAUCCGCAUCCACUGCUUUCUCACAUGAAGGGAGGGAGAGAGAGAGGAAGGAGGAUGGAUGGAUGGAUGGAUGGAUGGAUGGAUGGAUGGAUGGAGAGAGAGAGAGAGAGAUGGGUUGCUAAUUAGGUGGAUGGAUGAAUGUAGGUUGGAAAGGCAAAGGCACAACCAACUCAAGAGAAGGCAAUCAGGCUAGGAAAGCCAAUAAGGCCCCCCUGAUGCUUUCCCAGCCCCCGCAUCACCCCUGACCUUGCACAUGACCUCCAGUCCUCACGCCAGUGCAAAGCCCUGCACCACCUGGUCCCUCCCUGCCAGUCCCACCUCCCUCUUCUCUUGAAACCCUCACCCCAGCCUCAUGCCCCAUGCCCCCUCCUCCACCUCCAAGCCAUUGUGCAGCCCCUGCUGGACCCACAAUUAAAAGCUCAGCUCUAUGUCACCUCCCAAGUGGAGUCUUGGCCCACUCCACAACUGCACGCUGGCAGAGCAAGUUCCCAGUGGGGUGGGAAGGACCUGGCCUCACAUUCACCUGUCCCCACCUGACAGGAAGACGCCUUCUCAUUGGUGAUGAUGACUCAUUACAACAGUGAGUCUCUCGUGACACAUCUCUCAGUGGGUAUUCACGUGCCACAGGGGACAAAGAUCCCACAUCCUGCGGGUUCCCAUAUCUCUCUCCAGUUCUGCCUGGGAACAGCCCCGGCCUUGCAAUGGGCCACACAGGGAAUAGCCUCAGUGCAGCUUCCAGGGCUUUCUCGUGGGUCCUGCACCAAGUUUGUCUCCCCCAGAGACCCCACUCACUUGCUUCAGAGCCCUUCUCUGCUUUCACCCAUGCACGUGCUAAGGCUCGCUCUGGACCGUGGCCCCAUGUCAGGUGAUGGGGGGGGUGGGAUACGCAGAGUCUGCAGGCAGGGUGCUCUCAGAUCCUGAUGUCCUGUGACAUGCCCAGCUGGGGACCAGUAACCUUGACUGGGACGGUCUUCAAAGGCAGGAACCACCCUAUUCGCCCUUGAACACCUAGGGAGACCCUACACACGGUGAAGGGGCCCAGAAACUAUUUGCCGGCAGGAGACUGUGGUCUAUGGGUAGUGACUGAACAUACACAGGGCACCAGGAGAAGCCCUUUGCAAGUGUUUUCAUUCAAGAUUCACAGGACAGGAAUUCCCUUCGUGGCGCAGCGGUUAACAAAUCUGACUAGGAACCAUGAGGUUGCGGGUUCAAUCCCUGACCUCGCUCAGUGGGUUGGGGAUCCGGCGUUGUCGUGAGCUGUGGUGUAGUUUGCAGAUGCAGCUCGAUCCUGCAUUGCUGUGGCUCUGGCGUAGGCCAGUGGCUACAGCUCCAAUUGGACCCCUGGCCUGGGAACCUCCAUAUGCCGCGGGUGUGGCCCUAGAAAAGACAGAAAGGAAAAGAAAAAAAAAAAAAAGAC